GAAAUGCCUGAUAUCAAACAAUCAAUUCAUACACUUUAUCAUUAUAACUUCUUAAAAACCACUCAAAUUUCCAUCCUCAAUCCAACUCAUCAGCAUCCAAACCGACGAGGAACAAUUCAGUUUCGAAUCAACAUGCAUUUACAAGAUAUCGCAUUCGCUCUCUUCGUAACUGGAGCAUUCGCUGCACCAGCUGCACUGAAAGCUAGAGAUGCAUGCUCCGAUACCUGCAACACUGAGUACAAUACCUGUCGAAGUGCUCCAGAUGCGAACCGUUCCACUUGUGCUUCCGAAUAUGCAUCAUGCCUCGGAUAUUCUCCGUACGAUACCAACGGAUCACUCGUGACCCCAACUGCUUGUUCUAAGUCAGUAGCAUCAACCACUGCUUCAUCCGCUACAUCAUCCGCUACAGCCGAUGCUUGCGUAUCUCAAUGUAACGCAUCAUACAACUCAUGCCGUACUGGACCAAACGCCAAUCAAGCCACAUGUGCCUCCGAAUACUCAUCAUGUCUUGGAUACCUUCCAUAUGAUACCAACGGAUCACUCGUCACCCCAACUGCUUGCUCCAAAUCAGUAACAUCAACUACUGCUGCUGCCACAACCACUACUCAAGCUGCUUCAUCCGCUACAGCUGACGCUUGUGUAUCUAAAUGCAACGACUCAUACAACUCAUGUCGAUCUGCUCCAGAUGCUAAUAGAUCUACGUGUGCAUCCGAAUAUGCCACAUGUCUUGGAUAUUUACCAUUUGACAAUAGUGGAUCCCUCGUCACUCCUACCGCCUGCUCUAGUAGCGCUAUUUCUACAACUAAUGCACCAAGUUCCACACAAGCCCCCCAAGCUUCCGUUACCCCUUCUCCAGAUCAAACGUCAAUUGUUGAGGGUGUCGAAUGGACUAUCAAGCAGUUGAUCAGAUAUUGUUCAGAAGAUGGAUCUGGAUGUGAUUACAACUUUGCCAUCUCCUACAAUGAUGAGAGACCUGAUGAGAGAUGUACUGUCAUUCGUAUGCCGGGAAGUGGUGCUACUACCGAGUCCUGGUAUGGGAUUCCAUGUACUACAGGAUCUGCAAACACCAUCUCUUGGGGAGUUUCUGACCAGUUUGGUGCUGAAAAUGCAUUUGCUGUUUUGACUGUCACCAACAAUGAAGAGAAGACAAACGCUUAUUUCGGUGUCGCGAACGUAAAUGGAAACGCAGUCACUCCUUCAAGCCCAGCUGGAUCCGGUAAUUUUGGAGAUAUUGGUCCUGAACCAGUUUAUGUCUUUUAAGAGCUGGAUUACUUUGCGGAUUUUGUUGCGAUGCAGAGAUGAAUAAAUUAACGAUGCUAUGUUUAUCUUGGAUUACUGUAAUACCACAUUCCUUUAUGUAUUUUUGUAUGAGCGAAAUUUGGAUGAUAUAAAAUGAGGAAUUACCUUGCAUAUAGCACACUCAUUAGAUGUAAUAAAUAAUUUUUUUGGAUUUAGCUAAAUGCCCUUCUUUAGUUAGCUUUUGAAUCGAUGACA